AUGCAAACCAUUUCACUUUAUCAACGUGAUAUUUUUAUUAAAGAACUGGAUUCAAAAUCUGGUGAUUAUUUUGAAGUCAAAGGUCGUCCAUGUUGUGCUCUUAUAAUGCAAUUAUUUAUUCACGAGCAUCAGUUCGAUCGAAAUAUUUUUGUUCGGUGUGAUAAAAAGGAUCGCUUAUAUAGUACAUCAAAUUUAUUAACACCGCAAUCAAGAACUAAUGAAGAUAGUCUAAUUAAAUAA